GCAUUUGUCAAUUAUUGGACACAAGCUAGUAUAUAAGAGCAGAAGGGAACUGCUUUACAAUCAGUUUCUAAAAUUACGAGAUAGUUCUAGUUCCAACGAUUUUUGUAUCCUAUAUUUGCGGCAACUAAAAUAAAUAGCACAACAUGUCGAAGCUGCUGCUGGUUCUUUGUAUCGUCUUCCUGGCCGUGAGCGUCAUUAUCGCUUGCAAACCAGCGGGUGUUCCAUGCUUAACAGACAGCGACUGUUGUCCACUUCUGGGAUGUAAUCCUUGGGCGGGCCGUUGCACGAAAAAAAUUCCCGUCAGCCCAGCCGGUGGGGCUCAACCUGGGAUGGCUGGGCAAUAAACAAUGACCUGACGUUUUAUUCUAAUUGAUAAAUUUGCUCCUUAAACUCACCAUGGUACCAAAAUUAUUGGCGCGUUUGAAAUAGAAAUAAAGUAGUAUUCAUUGAAA